ACGUCGGCGGUCCCCCUCGCUCAGAAGAGCCUCGAAUUACCGAACCACAUUAUUAUUAUAAUUUUCAUUGCCAUCUUUCCCCCUCGUAACCAAUCUCAAGUCUCGACUAUAUCAUUUCGUUAUUCACACUGGUGAAACUCCAACGGUUCUUCUAUCUUUCCCUCCGACCACCCUCCCAUCAUCCCACUGCGUCCACACGGAACAUUGCGCAAUUACCGAACGACGAAUGUGCCCCGAGCCGAUGUCCUCGAACCUACGCUUUACGUCGCGAUAUGCUCCAUUGCGCUCCACAUCUGCGAACAGACAUCGAUUGACGUCGACAACGGCGUGUUGAUGCAAGGGGGAAUAGCUCGAGCGUAGCGCAUGACGAAGUGCCCGUGGUAUAAACUUCUGGAAACCUAAUGCCUAGCAUGACGAAGCUGCCCGCCGACUCCUUCUGGCCUAAGGGCACCCGGGACAGUGAUAUCCCCAAGCUCACCGUCGACUCGCCCUCCUCGCUCAUCUCUCCUCUGAGUCUCCCUCGUGGUGUUAAUGGAUACUUUGACCAUAUUGUGUCCAACGGCAACACUCCCACACAAGUUCGUUCCGUCUCGCAGCCUCGAGGAAGUCAAGCCUAUUCACCGCUCUCACCUCACGCCCUGCCAUCCGCAAAGCAGGCGCAGUUUCAAUACGACCAGCACCGGCCGAGCAGUCUCCCGCCAACAAAUCGCAACGGGAUCACGUCGCCUAGACCAUCAGGGAACGGAUUAAAGACAAACCAAGACAUGGCGGUUGGGCUCAUCAACAACAAUUUGAGCCCCGCGGACAGCGGGCUUGGUUCGCGGUCCAUCUCAGCAGACGCCGUGGCCGCAUCAACCCACGACUGCAUGGUCCGAAGGCUCCUUCAGCAAAAGGCCAGGAUGCAGGAGGCCUGGGAGGCGGAACGCAAAUACUUGGAGGCGAACCGUGAGCGGGCCGAAGAGGUGUACAAGGAAGAGCGUGCCCUUAUGGAGGAAGAACGUGCCGAGUGGGAGGCCGAGAAGGCGGUUUUGAUAGGGGAAAUUGAGCGGAUGGGGGGCACAAACCCCCCACUGUCAUCGGAAAGAAGCUCGCAGCCCAGGGCCCAGAAAGGAGGGCCAGUCGCCCGAAAUGGAUCUUCGCCCUUGCCCAUACCCGGCCCGAGAGUUCAGGACAUUACUUCGCCGCGGUCACCGAACGGGCCCAACGCACCCGCGGUCGAUUUUAUGAAACAAGCCGAGGCAUCCGAGACUGGAACCACGCCUGUUCCGAUUGUCGACGUCGGGGAAAUCCACCCAGAGUUGGAGGGCAUCCCGAUCAAAGCUACUAGCAUAAAGAAAGCCACCUUCAGUGAUGCUGGGUCACAGAAGGGGUCCAACCCCUCCAGUCAAUCCGGCUCUCCUCCCCCAGGCCCUGACCAACCCAUAAGCCCGCGGGUAAAGAAGGAACAGACCCUCCAAGUUCUGGCAGCCGGGGAAGCAGACCGCCUCACAAUGCAUGCUGGCCAUACCCCAAACCAUUCUCUUUCGUCCAUGACAACUGCUACUUCCUCGGGGACGGCUACCGCGACGAGCAAUAGCGGUGACAGCACUCCGACCAUGCCGCAUGAAGACGUCGCGUCUAGCCAGGGCACAGCCGCGGCUGACGAUGGGGACCGCGCAUCGGGAUUGCAACGCGCCAUGGAACCUCUCCCUGAUCUGAAAGGGCCAUUUAUGGUGAGGAACAUGCCCGCCCACGACGAGAUCUUCUUUCAGAAGCUGUCCGACAGGUUACAAGAGGUCAGCCAGGACAACGCGGCAGCACUGCCGGCUGUGCUGAAAGACUCGGAGCUGGCCGAGAAGGCGACGCAACCAGGCGCCGGGGAAUCGAAGACCCAAGCCAAAGACCAGCCCGGCGCCGGCUCCGAUGCUGGCUCUGAGGGUAGUAGGAGUAGCUCGAGAAGCGGCGACGAAGACCCGUCUGACGUCCCCUUGAAGUUCAAAAAGCGCAUGAAUUUUGGUGCGCCCUUUGGGGAAUUCCGGUAG